AUCCUUCCCCUAAACCCCGGCUGUUAGUGCGGUGUGAGUGAGUGUGUGCUCCGGAGCUAGCCUCGGCACACCUUAUUAAAAAAAUCAAAAAAAUUAAAAAAAAAAUUAAAAAUCAGAAAAAAAACUCUUAAAAAUAUUUUUUGUUCGUUUUUAUAGUGAAAUCCGCGCAGCGGGGGAGCCGGUGGGGGCGUCCGGAGGGUGUUUAUACGCACAGUAUUUAGAUCACGUUGGCCGGUCGGGGUCCGUUUCUCGGGGGCCUGUGUUGGACUUCACUCCCGCUCCUCUUAGAGCUUUCCGUGGGCUGCUCUUAAACGUUCUCCGGGCUCUGAACCGCUUCCUGUUACUUCCUGGUCGUCCGUGGCGCGUUCCGAGAUGAACCCUAGCGCUCCCAGCUAUCCGAUGGCGUCGCUCUACGUGGGCGAUCUGCAUCAGGACGUGACCGAGGCCAUGCUCUAUGAGAAGUUCAGCCCAGCCGGGGCCAUCCUGUCUAUCCGGGUGUGCCGGGACAUGAUCACCCGGCGUUCGCUCGGCUACGCCUACGUCAACUUCCAGCAGCCCGCCGACGCCGAGCGUGCUUUGGACACCAUGAACUUCGACGUGAUCAAGGGCCGGCCGGUCCGCAUCAUGUGGUCCCAGCGUGACCCGUCCCUGAGGAAGAGUGGGGUUGGCAACAUCUUCAUCAAGAACCUUGACAAGUCCAUUGACAACAAGGCCCUCUAUGACACCUUCUCUGCCUUCGGCAACAUUCUCUCCUGCAAGGUGGUGUGCGAUGAGAACGGAUCGAAAGGGUACGGAUUCGUGCACUUCGAGACUCAGGAAGCUGCCGAAAGAGCCAUCGAAAAAAUGAACGGCAUGCUGCUGAACGACCGAAAAGUAUUCGUGGGCCGUUUCAAGUCCCGCAAAGAGCGUGAAGCGGAGCUUGGCGCUCGUGCCAAGGAGUUCACCAACGUUUACAUCAAGAACUUCGGAGAAGACAUGGACGAUGAGAAGUUAAAGGAGGUCUUCAGCAAAUACGGAACGGCCAUGAGUAUCCGCGUCAUGACUGAUGAGAACGGGAAAUCCAGGGGCUUUGGUUUUGUGAGCUUCGAGAGACACGAAGAUGCCCAGAAGGCCGUGGAUGAGAUGAACGGGAAAGAGCUGAAUGGCAAGCUUAUCUACGUGGGCCGUGCCCAGAAGAAGGUGGAGCGCCAGACGGAGCUCAAGAGGAAGUUUGAGCAGAUGAAGCAAGACCGCAUGACCCGCUACCAGGGAGUGAACCUCUAUGUGAAGAACUUGGAUGACGGCAUCGACGACGAGCGUCUCAGGAAGGAGUUCUCACCUUUUGGGACCAUUACCAGCGCUAAGGUCAUGAUGGAGGGGGGGCGCAGUAAGGGCUUCGGCUUCGUCUGCUUCUCGUCCCCCGAGGAGGCCACCAAGGCCGUGACGGAGAUGAACGGCCGCAUCGUGGCCACCAAGCCGCUGUACGUGGCGCUGGCCCAGAGGAAGGAGGAACGGCAGGCCCACCUCACCAACCAGUACAUGCAGAGGAUGGCCAGCGUCCGUGCCGUGCCCAACCCCGUCAUCAAUCCCUACCAGCCGGCCCCACCCUCGGGCUACUUCAUGGCUGCCAUUCCACAGACUCAGAAUAGAGCCGCCUACUACCCCACCAGCCAGAUAGCCCAGCUGAGGCCCAGUCCACGCUGGACCACCCAGGGAGUCCGCCCACAGCAUUUCCAGAACAUGCCCGGCGCCAUGCGGCCCUCGGCCCCCCGACCCCAGGCCUUCAGCGCCGUGCGCCCCACCUCCCAGAUGCCCCGUCUGAUGUCCACCCAGCGUGUUGCCGCGCAGACCAUGGGCCCCCGCCCCCCCGCUGCGGCUGCUGCGGCCGCCGCCGCCCCCGUGCGCAGCGUGCCCCAGUACAAGUACGCGGCCGGAGUGCGGAACCCCCAGCAGCAUAUGGGCACGCAGCCACAAGUGGCUAUGCAGCAGCCUGCAGUCCACGUGCAGGGACAGGAGCCCCUGACAGCCUCCAUGCUGGCCGCUGCUCCUCCCCAGGAGCAGAAGCAGAUGCUGGGUGAACGGCUCUUCCCGCUCAUCCAGAACAUGCAUCCCAGCCUGGCCGGCAAGAUCACCGGCAUGCUGCUGGAGAUCGACAAUUCGGAGCUGCUGCACAUGCUCGAGUCCCCGGAGUCCCUGCGCUCCAAGGUGGAUGAGGCUGUCGCUGUGCUGCAGGCUCACCAGGCCAAAGAGGCCGCCCAAAAGACCGUGACCAACUCGGCCGGUGUUCCAAGUGUUUAAACCGAGGAAUGGGGAACCUUGAAGCUUGUUUCACCCGGGGGGGGGGAAUUAAACACAAAACACAGAAAACAUUGAAAAAACACAAAAACACACUUUUUAAAAAAAAGGAAACUGCUGACUGCCAGGUCUAGAGAAGGAGCUGGACCUUGUUACUAAAAAAAGACGAGAAAAAAAGAAACGUAGUGAGAAGAGACAUGCAGAGCCUGGGGUUUAUGCGCGCGUGCGUCCGUCCGUCCGCGCCGUCCAUCCUUCUCUCAUUCCUUCCCUUGUUUUUAUCCCUUUUACCGUGUGAGUGCUUGGGACAGUGGCUCGCUGCCAGCUCCCACUUGUGAACUGUUCCUGAACUGCAUUUGCUUGCUUUAAUAAAACUCUUAAACACUGA